AUGGCCGCCGUUCAACUCAAGUUCUCCCUCCGAACUUCCGCAAAUGUCAAGACAGUCCACCUCGUCGGCUCCUGGGACAACUACCAACGCCAGAUCCCCCUCUCCGCCGAAGCCAAGCCAGGCGCCUGGGUUGGCAAGUUCCGCUUCCAAACCUCCAUGCUCCAACUCGGCGGUCGCUACUGGUACUACUAUAUCAUGGACGGCUACCACGUCUCCCACGAUCCAGCAGUCGAGUACACCAUCGAGCCCACCACCGGCCGCAAGCUAAACAUCCUCGAUGUCCCCGGCGGCAAGACCAGCCGCUCAGCACCGAAACCAAGCCGCUCCAACAUCGCCACCGGCCGCGCCCUGUCUCCCUCGCGCAUCCACCACCCAAAGCCAACAAAGCACUACGCCUCGCGCCAGCUCCGCGAAGCAGACUUCGCUCCGACAGUCGACGACCUCACCCGUCGCUUCGCCGGUUCCCGUUUGUCUGAUGAGUACUCCUACUCCAAUAGCCCGCCCAGCUCAGCUGGUUCCUCUCUUUCUUCCCGUUCCUCGGGUUCGACUUCGCCGUCUUCUUUGUCGUCCAUGAGCGACCCGCCAGUCACCUGUCGCUGCGAGCGCUACGGCAUCACCCGCAGAGGCGACCGUGUCAAGCUUGACUGUGGCGGUUCUCGUUGUGGAUAUCUGUCUGAGUCGUCGGAGGAUAGCUGCUCGGAGUCUGAGUAUGAGAGUGAUGAGGAGUACUGUCGUGCGCGCAAUGCUGUCCGUCGCCAGGGUAUUGUUGUUCGUCGAUAG